AUAGGUAAUGCAGGAUGGAGUUGCAGGCUAAAGCCAGGCUGCUGCUGCUGCUGGGAGUGAUGUGCUAUGGACGCGCACAGAUUAAGCACGAACCACGCUAUGCAUCAAUUGUUGACGUGACCAAUGGUGGUACCUGGGGUGAUUGGGCCUGGCCUGAGAUGUGUCCUGAUGGAUACUUUGCCAGUGGGUUCUCUGUCAAGGUGGAGCCCCCUCAAGGCGUUCCUGGAGAUGACACAGCCCUGAAUGGGAUCCGGCUGCACUGCACUCGAGGGAAUGCACAGCAAAACACCCAUGUCGUGGAGUCUCAGUCUGGAAGUUGGGGCUCAUGGAGUGAGCCUCUGUGGUGUCCUGGCACUAGCUUCCUAGUGGCUUUCUGCCUUCGUGUGGAGCCAUUUACAUUCCCAGGGGACAACACUGGAGUGAACAAUGUGCGCUUCCGUUGCUCAGAUGGUGUGGAGCUGGAGGGGCCUGGGCUGAGCUGGGGAGACUACGGAGAGUGGAGUGACUCUUGUCCCAAAGGUGUCUGUGGCUUGCAGACCAAAAUCCAGAAGCCAAGAGGCCUCCGAGAUGACACUGCGCUUAAUGACCUCAGAAUAUUCUGCUGUAACAGCUGACGCUGUCACUCUGCCAGUACUGCCUUUGACUAUUAAAGCUCCUUGGCCUUGG